UUCCCUUGGGGCGGCCCCCAGCGGCGACUGCUUGCGUAACUUCCGGCCAAGUUGGAGCGCGAAAGAAAAUCUCGGAUUUUGGAGCUUCAGUCCCAGUUUCUGUGGUGGUGGUGGUCUGUGGUCGUCUCGUGUCCUCUCCUCCUGCUAGGAAAUCUCGAUUUUGGAGUUUUGGAAAUAUGGAAUGGAUACCCAGGACUAGAAUUCCAAUUUACAACAUUAUACCACAGGUUGAUGGCUGGUGUGGCUCACUUCGAGACUCCAUGUUGUCACUUCAGUUUUCUGGCUUGAGCUCGUUCAUGUGGCAGCAAUGUUCCAAGUGCAGCAAACAAGAAAGAUUACCACUUUGAAUAUACAGAAUGUGAUAGCAGUGGCUCCAGGUGGAGAGUUGCCAUUCCGAAUUCUGCAGUGGACUGCUCUGGCCUGCCUGACCCAGUGAGAGGCAAAGAAUGCACUUUCUCCUGUGCUUCUGGAGAGUACCUAGAAAUGAAGAACCAGGUAUGCAGUAAGUGUGGCGAAGGCACCUACUCCUUGGGUAGUGGCAUCAAAUUUGAUGAAUGGGAUGAAUUACCAACAGGAUUUUCCAAUGUUGCGACAUUCAUGGACACUGUGGUUGGCCCUUCUGACAGCAGGCCAGUUGGCUGUAACAACUCUUCUUGGAUUCCUCGUGGAAAUUACGUAGAGUCAAAUCGUGAUGACUGCACUGUGUCUUUGAUCUAUGCUGUGCACCUCAAGAAGUCAGGUUACGUCUCUUUUGAGUACCAAUACGUCGACAACAACAUCUUCUUUGAAUUCUUUAUUCAAAAUGAUCAGUGCCAGGAGAUGGACACCACCGCUGACAAGUGGGUCAAACUCACAGACAAUGGAGAAUGGGGCUCUCAUUCUGUAAUGCUAAAAUCUGGUACAAACAUAUUAUACUGGAGAACUACAGGCAUCCUUAUGGGUUCUAAGGCAGUCAAGCCAGUGUUGGUAAAAAAUAUCACAAUUGAAGGAGUGGCAUACACAUCAGAAUGCUUUCCAUGCAAGCCAGGCACCUUCAGCAACAAACCAGGUUCGUUCAACUGCCAAGUGUGUCCCAGAAACACCUAUUCUGAGAAAGGAGCCAAAGAAUGCGUAAAGUGUGCAGAGGACUCCCAAUUUUCAGAGGAAGGAUCCAGUGAGUGUAUGGAACGCCCUCCCUGUACUACAAAAGACUAUUUUCAGAUCCACACUCCAUGUGAUGAAGAAGGAAAGACACAGAUAAUGUACAAAUGGAUAGAGCCAAAAAUUUGCUGGGAGGAUCUCACAGAUGCUAUUAGGUUGCCCUCUUCUGGAGAGAAGAAGGAUUGUCCACCUUGCAAUCCUGGAUUUUAUAACAAUGGAUCAUCUUCUUGCCAUCCCUGUCCUCCUGGAACGUUUUCAGAUGGAACAAAGGAAUGUAGGCCGUGCCCAGCAGGAACAGAGCCUGCACUUGGGUUUGAAUAUAAAUGGUGGAAUGUCCUUCCUGGCAACAUGAAAACUUCCUGCUUCAAUGUCGGGAAUUCAAAGUGUGAUGGAAUGAAUGGUUGGGAAGUGGCUGGAGAUCAUAUCCAGAGUGGGGCUGGAGGCUCUGAUAAUGAUUACCUGAUCUUAAACUUGCAUAUCCCAGGAUUUAAACCACCAACAUCUAUGACUGGAGCCAUGGGUUCUGAACUGGGAAGAAUAACAUUUGUUUUUGAGACCCUCUGUUCAGCCGACUGUGUUCUGUACUUUAUGGUGGAUAUUAAUAGAAAAAGUACAAAUGUAGUGGAAUCAUGGGGUGGAACCAAAGAAAAACAAGCUUACACCCACAUCAUCUUCAAGAAUGCAACAUUUACAUUUACCUGGGCAUUCCAGAGAACUAAUGAGGGUCAAGAUAAUAGACGGUUCAUCAAUGACAUGGUGAAGAUUUAUUCUAUCACUGCCACUAAUGCAGUUGAUGGGGUGGCGUCCUCGUGCCGUGCCUGUGCCCUCGGUUCUGAACAAUUGGGCUCAUCGUGUGUCCCCUGCCCCCCAGGCCACUACAUUGAGAAAGAAACCAACCAGUGCAAGGAGUGUCCACCUGACACCUACUUGUCCAUACACCAGGUCUAUGGCAAGGAAGCUUGUAUUCCAUGUGGGCCUGGGAGUAGAAGCACUCAGGACCACUCGGUUUGCUAUAGUGACUGCUUUUUUUACCAUGAGAAAGAAAAUCAGAGUUUGCACUAUGACUUCAGCAACCUCAGCAGCGUGGGCUCCUUAAUGAAUGGCCCCAGCUUUACCUCCAAAGGAACAAAAUACUUCCAUUUCUUCAAUAUUAGUUUAUGUGGGCAUGAGGGGAAGAAGAUGGCUCUCUGUACCAACAAUAUAACAGACUUUACAGUAAAGGAAAUGGUGGCAGGGUCAGAUGAUUACACAAAUGUAGUAGGAGCAUUUGUAUGCCAGUCAACUAUUAUUCCUUCUGAAAGUAAGGGUUUCCGAGCAGCCUUAUCAUCACAAUCCAUCAUUCUGGCAGACACAUUUUUAGGAGUGACAGUUGAAACCACAUUGCAAAAUAUUAAUAUAAAAGAAGAUAUGUUCCCUGUUCCACCAAGCCAAAUUCCAGAUGUGCAUUUCUUUUAUAAGUCUUCUACAACUACAACAUCUUGUGUUAAUGGCCGGUCAACUGCUGUGAAAAUGAGAUGUAAUCCUACUAAACUAGGAGCUGGAAUGAUUUCAGUCCCCAGCAAGUGUCCAGCAGGUACCUGUGAUGGAUGUACAUUCUAUUUCCUGUGGGAGAGUUCUGAAGCUUGUCCUCUGUGCACAGAGCAUGACUUUCAUGAGAUUGAGGGAGCCUGUAAGAGAGGAUUUCAGGAGACCUUAUAUGUGUGGAAUGAACCUAAAUGGUGCAUUAAAGGAAUUUCUUUGCCUGAGAAAAAGUUAUCAACCUGUGAAACAGUUGACUUUUGGCUAAAAGUAGGAGCAGGUGUGGGAGCUUUCACGGCUGUUUUGCUGGUGGCCCUAACUUGCUAUUUCUGGAAAAAGAAUCAGAAACUGGAGUACAAAUAUUCCAAAUUAGUAAUGACAACUAACUCAAAAGAGUGUGAACUCCCAGCUGCGGACAGUUGUGCUAUCAUGGAAGGAGAAGAUAAUGAAGAGGAAGUUGUAUAUUCCAAUAAACAGUCACUACUGGGAAAACUCAAAUCCUUGGCCACAAAGGAAAAAGAAGACCAUUUUGAAUCUGUUCAGCUGAAAUCCUCAAGAUCCCCAAAUAUAUGAAAAAAACAAUGCUGUAGCCUUCAGACUAAUGAACAAAGAUACCUGCUCUCUAGUUUUACAGGACUAUAGUUUAGAGCCUGUCCUUGUACCUGGCACAUUGGUAAUGUCACAGAGGAGGGCCAUGCUACUGAAAAAGGAAGGAGGUUGAAAUGUUUGAUUGCCUUAUCACGUGGUCAAGUUUCUUGCCAAAAAUAAGAAAGCAAAUGGUUUGAGUCUCAACUGAAGAUGAAGCUCAACUCAGGAAGAGAUUUAUCUGUAUAUACACAUAACUGAAAACCAAGGUUAAGCCCACCAGUGCACUAUUGAUGCAUGCCAUAUAAUUAAUGCAUAACUUUUAUUCUUUAUAACUUCUACAUAAAAAGUGUGCUUUGGAGGACAGAUGUCAGCAUAUGCAUUGUGAUCCCAUUUGUCUUUUCUUUGUUUAUAUAUUUGAAAAGAUUUGAAAAAUUUUUAAAGGUAUAGUUAUUUUUCCCAUUAUUUAUUUUCCUGACAAGACCUUAAAACAUCUUUUCUAUUAAAAAUGGUGAACAAAGAAAGACAAUAAACAUUUCAUUUUCCCAUAGAGUAUCUUUCUGGAUUUCAGAAGCCUAAGUAAGCAGUGAUUUUUUAGAAAGAGCCAGCAGGUGUUUGAGUUAUCUAAACUUAUAAUCACCUUUGAAAUACCAUUUAUUCUUGUUGGAACUGGUUAGGUGAACUUGACUAAAAAUGUUGAAGUAAUCUUUAAAAAAUAAAAAAAUGACAAGGAGACGCCUUAACUUUCCAGUAAUACAAAUAAGCGACAUUAUCAUAGAAGUCCAAUGGCUUAAGAUUAUGUAAUGCUUGAAGUAUAAUUUAAAACGAAGGGGAAAGCUUGUUUAUCACGUUGCAAAACCAUAAACAGGAAAGUGGAAUGACUUAUGAACAACUACAGAUAACUGUACAAAGGUAUUGGAAUAAUUUUGUGGUCUCCAGAAAAUGGUGCUGGGAUAUUUGUCCUAUGUCUAGCAUCAAAGGUUAUAUGACUAUUAUUCUCCUACAAGAUUUUGAAGGUUAUGACUUCCAUGGAAGUUUUUAUUUUUUAAGUCAAUAAGGAAGGAAUUCAGUUUUGGAAAAUUACAUAUAAUUGUAUUCAUAAUAAGAAUGUGGUUGUACCAUAAGCAGUUAUGAAAUAUGUGUUGUUCUUAUUCAAAAGUGAUUCAGAUAAUUGUGAUAUUUCCUGUAACAGACAGGUUACCAGUAUUAGCAUGUCUUAAAUAUUAUUUGUUGAAAGAAGUUUGAUUAGAUUUGACCAAUUUUGUGUAACACUAAUUGUUUUAGAACUGAGAAGGAGGAGAGUUUCCUUCCCAUUGAUGAUCGAAGGUACUUUGGUUUGUUUCCAAUAAACAGUUAUCUUUAUAGAUGGUAAUCCAGCUUUUUAAAAAGAUGGUGCUUGGCUGAGAGAAGCAGGACUUAUGAGUAGGAUUUGUUGAAUGUUUUGCCUCACAUCUUUCAAUGAGGUAUGAUUUGUAACUUUUGAUUUAGCAGGUGAUGUCUUUAUUUUUGUGAAAACUGGGAGAAAAAUAAAUAAUUGCAUUUAUCUGGCUGGCGGAUAAAACACUGGACCGUACUGUUAUUGUUGAAUGAAUGUUUGUUUUGUGUAUAUCUUCUACUAUUGGAUUCAUGAGUAUAGGUGAGGUUGCCAUUAUUUUAUUGUUUAUUGUGAGAUUCAGGGAGGACAUCAUGUAGUAUAAAUCCUUUACAUGUUUAAUUUCUUAAAUCUUCCUAUAAAUAAAUUAUUUUGGCAUUGCUCAUUUUUAUCUUGCUAACAGUGCUGAUGAGCCUUUCCCCAUUUUGGUCAAAAUUUAAACAGAAGAAUUAAAAUACAUUUGAAAUGAACCCUUUUAGAGGAAUCCUGGCAAAGUUGUACAGCUGGACAGAGUCAGGAAGUUUCUGCGCAGUCACCUGUCACUCUCUCUUCAUCUUCGGCUGUGCUCAACAUACAUGUUCGAAGCCAUAGAGAUAAUUGGGAUUUGCUCCUAGGUAGCUUCUUUCUUCUCCUGUCACUGGACUAAAAUCUCUGACAUGUCAAAAUGCCUUAAAUUUUAAUGAACUCUCUGAAAAUGUAGUUGGUAUUGAAGAAUUUCUUUCUAAUUUUAGAUAUUAAAUAGAUUUUAUCAGCUCUGUCCCAUCUUUGGAACAGAGCUGCCUUUUUCCUUUGGAUCCCAGUGGUUGUCAUUUAUUCCAAGCACUAACAAAGUAUGACAGAAAGAAUUUUAUGAGGAAAAUAUUCAGAGCAAUCCUGGCUGUAAAAUUCACUUUGGGUUUAGGUCUUGCCUUUCCAUAGCUCAGUGGAAUAUUGAAAGAUAUAAACAACUUAAUUAUGUUUUUAUGACUUUUAAUUGAUAUUUGUUGUUUCUUUAACUCCCUAAGUGGUAGAAGAAGGUAUUUGUUAUUUUUCUAAAAGGCACAGUUUUGAAGCCUUAAAUACUUCAUUAAGUCAACUGUCACCUCUAAUAUCUCUUAAUAUCUGUCAAAACAUGUUUAAGUCAGUUUUCCACUGGAUGAGACCAUGUCUUCUGUGGAUAAAUUAUUUUAUGCUGUUUCACAAUGUGGAGCAAUUUGGUAUGUGUUCACUUGAUUUAAAAGACUGAAUUUUAUUCUUGUUGACUUUUCCCCUCUUUGGUUACUAGCAAUCAAGUUCUUUCCAGGAUUAAAAAUAUUUCAUAGUAUUUUUGUGUAGACUUUUGUCAUUAUUUUCUUCCCAAGGAGAAAAGGUGGUUUCAAUUGUUAUGUGGAAGAAUUGCUUGGGUUCAGUCACUUACCAACUGGGGUCCAGGUUCCUAGGUGGUGGGUCAUGAUCGACUGUGGUUUUCAAGACCAAUAUGGUCAAAUGUACUUUGACCUAUAUCAACAGAACUACUUCCUGUGGUAGUUCAUGGUCAUUCCUAGUGGGAGGCUAAUGUGCAGAUCAUUUCUCAUGAAAGUAAAUUUCUUGGGAGUUGGAAAGGAACGAUGACUUCAUCAUCUAGUUUAAAAUCAAUGUGUCGCUCAUGUUUAUCUUUUUACACAAAUGAUAUGUAGAGUAGACCUUUAGAGGACUUAAAAUACUCUCCCAUCUAUUUUAUAGUAAACAUGAAUAUUACCUAAGGUUUACGGGCCAAGUUCUAAAUUAAGAUUGUCCUAAAGAGAAAGUCCCAAUGAGAGAAAACUAAACAAAUAAACAAAAAAUAGUCAACACCUGAGUCAUUUCUUGCUAAAAUGGAGUUCAAAGUAACUGACCAGAGAUUAUACUCUUGCUGGAUUUUGUUUCUUUUGGUUUAACAUUUUCAGAUGAGUUCAUUUUAGGAUCAUAAAUGAAGGAAGUAAAACUUUAUUAUGGGAUGAAUAAUUGGAAAUCAAUUGCUACUACUCUUGCAAUUGAUACUAAUUGAUAUUACUAUUGCAAUUUGUCUAGAUGAGAAGCCAGCAAUCUUUUUCUGUAAAGAGUCAGAUAAAUAUUUUCAUCUUUACAGGACAUGUGAGCUCUGUUGCAGCUCUUCAGCUCUCCCACUGUAGCAUGAAAGCAGCCACAGACAAUAUGUAAAAUGAGUAUGGCUGCAUUCCAAUAAAACUUUAUGUACACUGAA